UGGGAGAGUGCCCAGUAACACACACAUACAAACACACACACACACGGAUUCCCCAGUGCAGCCUGAGCUCAACUUCCAUCCUGGGGCUUCCCAGAUUGCAGGCAGCAAUAUGAUUGUGUUUCGUCUGAUCAGUGUGGGAUUUUAUCUGCAGCUUUUCUUCUAUUUUGUUCUUUCUCAGACUUCCUUCAUGGACAGUGUCUUCCCCAUCCCUGGAGCAUUGGCUUCCUUUGAGCAGAAGAAACGAGGCAGUAACAAAUUAUGCUGUAUCCUGUCUCCUCCACCACCACCAUUAUUCCCUCCUCUGCCAUUCUUCAGAGAACGAAACUGGCAGCCUCCAGUAUUUAAUCCAGUGAAUAAUCCUACAGUUCUAUCAUGUGUGCCAGGCCCGCAAGGACCAGAGGGACCUCCUGGCCCACAGGGCCCUCAUGGUGCUCCAGGGUCACCAGGAACAAAAGGAGAGAAAGGUGAAAUUGGCAGGCCAGGAAGAAAGGGUAGGACUGGCCCACCUGGUGUUCCUGGAAUGCCUGGGCCUAUAGGCCCUGCAGGACCAAUGGGACAGAAGGGAGAAAAAGGUGAUUCAGCAAUACUGGGAGUGCCGGGCUCCAGAGGACCAAUGGGCCCUGAGGAUUUUCCUGGCGCUAAAGGAGAAGAGGGAAUGAAAGGAGAUAAGGGUGAAAUGGGCCCCAGAGGUGAACUGGGACUUCCGGGAAUGCUAGGACAAAAAGGAGAAAUGGGCCCAAAGGGAGAGCCUGGUGUCCCUGGAAACAGAGGGCCAACUGGAAGACCUGGCAAACGAGGGAAACAGGGGGAUAAAGGUGCCACUGGAUCCACAGGGAUUAUGGGCCCUCCUGGUAGGCCAGGUUCCUCUGGACCUCCUGGACCACCAGGACCAGGGCAUUUAAUGGUUGGACCAAAAGGAGACAGAGGAUUUCCUGGACCACCAGGAAGAUGUCUCUGCAAACACCCGCAAUCUGUGACUAACCCACACUAUAAUGGAAAUUUCAACGGGCACAACUUUGCGCAGAUAUUUGUGGUCAACAGUCAGGAGGAACUGGAUCAUCUGAAUACUGACAAUGCCUUAGCAUUUCGGAAAGAUAUGAGAUCCCUCUAUUUUAAGGACACAAACGGAUGGCUUCCUAUUCAGCUCACUCCUUUCCGAGGUGUCAUUGAUUAUGGCAAUACUUGUGGAGAUGGAAUUAUCCAGCCAGGGGAGGAAUGUGAUGACGGCAAUAAGAUUGUCACAGAUAGCUGUAUACGAUGUAAGCAUGCCUUUUGUGGAGACGGCUAUCGACAAGAAGGAGUUGAAGAAUGUGAUGGUCAAGACUUUGGAUUUCAUUCAUGUGGAACUUAUCUGCCAGGGUCAUACGGCCAUUUACGAUGCACUACCUACUGCUAUAUUGACUCCACACAGUGUCGGUAUUUCACAUGAAAAGGAGUGGAGACACAAAGAGGCAAAGGCAAUGUCACAGAUACAUCAGGUGCUAUCGUAAAAGAAAAAUCGACUGGGCAAAAUACCAAAGCAUUGGAAAUGUAUUGCUGCCGAUGGCUUUUUAAAAAUUGUUUUACUUAUGCCUGAGUGGAAGAACUAGGACCACUGCAUCCUGUCUUAACAAAACAUGCACUUUCCAGCAACUUGUUUUUUAAAUGUUUAUUCAAGGUAAGCUUAAGAGACACACAAAGGCUGCUGGGGAAAAUAAUCUCAUCAGGAAUAAUCUAUUUAACAAAACAACAUUACCUCGACUUAGCACUGUUAUAGAUGUAAUUGACAUUUGUUCAGGUUUUAUUUUGUAUUUUUUUUUUUUUUUUUUGUUUCUCUGGACUGUUAUUUACUAAGCACCAAGCAUAUCCCGAGUUGUGGUGUUUGUGGAGAACAUUAAACCUCUUAAUACAAUGUGAAUAUUGAAUGUAACAUGUACUUGCGCUCAUUAUUGUAUCAGUGAGAUUAAGAUAACUCGGCAAAGCAGCUCCUCUUAUGAAUUCUACUGAAUCUGGGCACAGAUGGGACUGAAGGAACCAUGAUAAAGGACUUGCAACGGCUCCAGUAUGGAUGGAGGAGUGCAGGAAAUCCUAAUAUACAAAUGCCUAGGUGUAUACAGAUGAAGUUGCAGACCAAAGAUACUGUGGAGUAUAAAACAGCAGUGCAUAUUCUGUGCCACCUAUGUGACUGUUUCCCUAUGCUAUAUCACACAUCUAAUGGCAUGGCAUUGUACAGUAUUUAUAGAAUUGCAUAAAUCUAUAUAAGCAGCAGUACAAGAAGUAUUUUCAAAAAUAAUAUACAGCUAUAGCGUUAUGAUAUAUAUGUGUCACUUAAGGAGCCGCUACAUGCCAUUUGAUAGAGGAAGCUUCACUUUGGUUUUAAGGCUGCUGAGUAACAAUAUGAGUUAUUAUGGCCUGUGCUUAUGGUCAGAUGGGAGAUAUUAAGUGUGAUACAAGAUACAUCAUUUCAAUAAGUGAGAUGGUGUUUGCAAAAUGUGUAAUCAUGGGUAUGGAGAGACUGAUAAACUUACACGUCUCUUUAAGAGAGAGGGUGUCUCGUCUUGGCAUUUCUUCCUGUCUGGAGGGCUUUGUUUGCUAAUAUAGGUGCAAAGUUGCAGAAGUGAGUUUACCUAUAGCAACCAAUCAGGUCUUUGCUUGCAUUUUUUCAGCUUCUUGUAUGUUGUAGACUGUUCAAAAUGAAUUGCUGGUUGGUUCCUUCUAGCACAGUCACUUGUGUGAUUGAGCACCUAUGUUUCAGCCUGAGUCUUUAACUAAGAUAAAAAGGAAAUAUUCAUUUUAACAGUUAGGAAAGGUAUCUAGCACUGCUGCUGUAGAUUUUCUAACAUUGUAGAAACAUUAUUGCUAUUUUGAUGCUAAUUAUAUUAUAAUCAUAUUACACCGUAUUUAACUGUCUGAAACUAUGCUUUCCUACUAAUUCUACUGAAGCAUUCUAACCCAGUGCUGAAAUGAAAUACUAGCCUGUUUCCACUUGUUGGCCUCUGUGAUGGGUGUAGUCUUGUUUCCAUGUCUCUCUAGGAGGUUGUUGCUAAUCUGUAUUCUGCACAGCAUUUAUGAACAUUUAUGAGCAGAUCUUGCAUGUGCUCAGCCGGUUCUGCAGAUCUGCUUGUCCUCUAACAUACAGUAGUAUCUAUGGUCUUCAUGCUAUUUAAUUGCUAAUAUUGGAGAGAAAACGUUUGAUUGCCCUAUUUUUCUGUAUGUUUAUUUUAUACAAUAGGUUUGUAGAUGAAACACCAUGCAUUAAGUAGUCAGAGAUCUAGGUCAUCGCAUAACUGGGAAAACACUUUUGGGGCUUGUUUCUAAAUCCCUGAUUGACAUGUUACAUGCAUGCCUUUGGUAUCCAGUUGACAGCACAUGGGGCCUGUUAAGUUUAGGAGUAUGUGCAUCAAGUCAAAACAUUUAUAUGCCAUAACCAAAUGAAUAGAUUUAUGUAUGUGUAUGUACGUACUGUAUGAAUGUAUGUAAUGUUAUAUGAAACUUUCUGUUUCUGCAUGGUCUUGAUCCUGGAAUUCACAGAAGAUAAUAAAAAGGAGUUUGUAUAGUC